AUGUCACGAACCUACCAAAGCUACGAGCGCGCCGAUCCAACCCACACCGCCCGCGGUGCAGUGGGUGGCGGCUCUUCAACUGGCGCCCCAGGCCUCCCAACAGGCCUCCGCGAUACACGAUCCGAGUACGAUGCAUCUAAGGGCUACAAUCCCGCCACAGGAGCCAGUUACUCAAGAUCAUCAGCAGGCGGACCAACCCAGACCCGCCAGCGACCGCUCUCACCGUCGCCGUCUCGCAGCGAUGACCGGAUGAUAAGGGAGGCACCGCUCCCGCACACGGCCAGCACGGCGCAGCGGGCGGAAAUGGGGGAUCGUUCGGCUUCUGGGUCUUGGGCUGCACGGGCUGGUGGGGGGUUUGGGGAAAAGGUGAAGGGCGCUGCGGCGUCGGUUCAUGUAAGUUGGAAUCUUCUUGGGGGAAAUAGUCUGAUUGUGGUAUAG